AUGCUAAGACCUGCAACAUACACGUUCAAACGAAGUUUGGGGACCUAUUCGCUACCCGUGAACAAAACGUUGGAGAUUCUAAAAGCAACAAAUGCAAACUUUGAAGGUCUCUUUUCCCACGACGCCUUGAACCAAUUGUGGUUCAAACAAGGCGCAUCCAUCACUUCAAACUUGAACCAACACUUGACGCAAGCUCAUGAAUUCAAAGAUAAGGAACUCACGCUUGCCGAGCUUAUCCACGCGACGCUGAACAAGCCCGACUUGGUGCACGUCCAGAAGAACGCCGCCAAAUUGCACAACUUGAUUGCAUUUUUCGAAAACUUGCGCCCAUUGACCGGUCCGCAUGACAUAUCUAAACCGGGCCCGGAGCUGUUGUUAUCGACGCCAAGCGACAAGUUCACUAAUGUCCCCACUGAUGAAAACUUGGUCGAUUGGAUCUCGCAUUCGUUUGGCUCGAUGCAAGAGUUUAGAAAUUUGGUGAUUAAUACCGCGCACGCUAUCAAGGGCGAUGGUACCGUUUGGCUCGUGGCUGAAAGCACCGUGAGCCAGACCCAUUUGAACAGGAGCUCCGCUGUGAGUCUGUCUCCUACAUACCACAAUUUGGCGCUUAUCGCGACGUAUAACCAUGGUGUUGUCGAUGACUCGGAACGGUCGGGACAAAUUAGCAGAAUGAAGAAUUUGUUCGACGAAGGUGAUGUUACUAGAGAGGGAGAAGGAAAAGAUGAAGGGGAAGGAAACGGGGAGGAAGAAGGGAAGCAAAGUGCAAAAAAGACACCACCACCACCGCCACCAGUGGAUCUCAAAUUGGGCACUGCUGAACAAGCCGAAUUGGACCACGCCUAUGUAAAUAAAAAAUUGAUCCCGGCUUUGGCGAUUGAUGCAUCGCCAAGAAACUACCUCAUUGAUUACGGCGUUUAUGGCAAACAACAAUAUUUGGAUAACUGUUGGGAGUGUAUUGAUUGGGAUGUCGUUUCUAGAAGAUUGCCACCUAGAACCAAACAGGCAUUUAUCGUGUAA